AUGGGCGAUGUCUUUGAAAAUGCGGAGAUUAUCGGCAUUGAUCUGAGUCCUAUCCAGCCGAAAUGGGUUCCUCCGAAUGUGAAGUUCGAAGUCGACGAUGUCGAGAGUCCCUGGGUUGUGAGUUGCAAGUACAACUACAUCAUGUGCAGACACAUGGUGGCUUCAAUUCUGGACUGGCCGAAGCUUGUCCGCAACAUUUACGAGUAA